AUGACAAGGCGUCCUGGAGACGACUCGUCCUGGGAUGACAAGCCACGUCGUCCUGGGGACGCCAGUCGUCCUGGAGAUGACAAACCUGGACGUCCUGGAGAUGACAAGCCGCGUCGUCCUAGUGAUGAUAAGCCCAGGCGCCCUGGUGACAAAACCCCGGAAGAUGGCUCCCCGAGAAGACCGUCAAAGGGGAGACCUGAUCGUCCUGCGGACGAAUCUCCCGACAGGGACCGUCCUGAAAGCCCCGACCGCUACACUGUUCAGACAACGAAGACGACAGUUACUUCGCGGUAUACAUCUCAAUUCCCUGACGAGCCUGAUGAUGACGAACCGAGGCGCCCAGGAGACAAGAAACCGAGACGUCCCGGAGACGAUAAACCCGGUCGUCCUGGAGAUGACAAACCUGGACGUCCUGGUGACGACAAGCCCGGUCGUCCUGGAGACGACAAGCCGCGGCGUCCUGGGGAUGACAAGCCACGUCGUCCUGGGGAUGACAAGCCAGGUCGUCCUGGAGAUGACAAACCUGGACGUCCUGGAGAUGACAAGCCGCGUCGUCCUGGUGAUGAUAAGCCCAGGCGCCCUGGUGACAAAACCCCUGAGGAUGGCUCCCCGAGAAGACCGUCAAAGGGGAGACCUGAUCGUCCUGGGGACGAGUCUCCCGACAGGGACCGUCCUGAAAGCCCUGACCGCUACACUGUUCAGACAACGAAAACAACAGUUACCUCGCGGUAUACAUCUCAAUUCCCUGACGAGCCUGAAGAUGACGAACCGAGACGCCCAGGAGACAAGAAACCGAGGCGUCCCGGAGACGACAAACCCAGUCGUCCUGGAGAUGACAAACCUGGACGUCCUGGUGAUGACAAACCUGGCCGUCCUGGGGAUGACAAGCCACGUCGUCCCGGAGAUGAUAAGCCGCGGCUUCCUGGCGAUGACAGGCCUGGUCGCUCUGGCGAUGACAAGCCAGGUCGUCCCGGAGAUGACAAGCCGCGUCGUCCUGGUGAUGAUAAGCCAGGUCGUCCUGGAGAUGACAAACCUGGACGUCCUGGGGAUGACAAGCCGCGUCGUCCUGGUGAUGAUAAGCCCAGGCGCCCUGGUGACAAAACCCCUGAGGAUGGCUCCCCGAGAAGACCGUCAAAGGGGAGACCUGAUCGUCCUGGGGACGAGUCUCCCGACAGGGACCGUCCUGAAAGCCCUGACCGCUACACUGUUCAGACAACGAAAACAACAGUUACCUCGCGGUAUACAUCUCAAUUCCCUGACGAGCCUGAAGAUGACGAACCGAGACGCCCAGGAGACAAGAAACCGAGGCGUCCCGGAGACGACAAACCCAGUCGUCCUGGAGAUGACAAACCUGGACGUCCUGGUGAUGACAAACCUGGCCGUCCUGGGGAUGACAAGCCACGUCGUCCCGGAGAUGAUAAGCCGCGGUACCGGCUGUAA